UGAAUGCUUGCGGAAGACCUCGCUGUAGCCGCUGCACCACAACAUUUGAGGCGCAUUUGAUUGUCGAAUCUGACGCGACAGGAGUGUUUUAGCGACCGAGUGACUGAAAUAAACCGCGAAACCGCACCCUGCACACGCCAAAGUCACAGGCAAGAGAGGAGAAACUAAUACCUAUAUGUUUUUAAAAGCAAAUCGCCUAUGGCAAAUCGGGAAAAGAACAAAAAGAUACUUCUAGAGUUGGUGAAGCUACCAGAGAAUAACUGCUGUGCUGACUGUGGAGCUGCAGAUCCAGAUUGGGCUUCAUGUAAAUUAGGAAUAUUUGUGUGUCUAACCUGCUCCGGAACUCAUCGCAAUCUUCCUACAAUAAGUCGUAUCAAGUCCAUUCGUUUAGACUUCUGGGAUGACGAACUUGUGCAGUUCAUGAAAGCCAAUGGAAACUGCUCUGCCAAAAACUUGUAUGAGAAAUGCGUGCCUGUCUUUUAUUACCGGCCACAUCCACAUGAUUGCGAGGUCCUUAGAGAACAAUGGAUUCGAGCUAAAUACGAAAGAAUGGAGUUUACAGAGGAAAAGACUGAAAGACCUUACACAGCAGAUGUUUAUGAGGGCAUGCUGUGGAAAAAAGGAAGGGAUAAUGGACAGUUUCUGGAGAGGAAGUUUGUUCUUUCAGUGCACGAUUUUACCCUGAAAUACUACAAGGAGGAUGAAUCAAAAGGGCCAAAGGCUACUAUUUAUGUAAAGGACCUCAACGCAACCUUCCAGCCUGAGAAGAUCGGUCAUGCUCACGGUCUCCAGAUCACCUACUGUGUAGAUGAUCACACCCGAAACCUGUUUGUUUACCAUAAAAACGGACAGGAGAUUGUCAAUUGGUUUAAUGCAAUUAGAGCGAUUCGCCAUGCCUACCUGAAAACAGCCUUUCCAACUGCUAGUGAUGUAGACAUAAUGCCAUGGAUCAGCAGAAAUUACCUCAAAGAAGGUUAUAUGGAGAAGACUGGUCCACUGCAGCGAGAGCCGUUCAAGAAAAGAUGGUUCAUCUUGGAUUCUAUGGACAGGAAACUACUCUAUUUUAAAACACAGUUGGAUGCCAUUGAGCUUGGGGUUGUUUUCAUUGGCUCAGAGAAUCAUGGCUAUUCGGUGAGAGAGUGUGUUCCUAAAGGCACACGAGGCAACAAAUGGAAGUGCGGAGUAAUUGUGGAGACGCCAGACCGGCAGUUUGUCUUCAUGUGCGAACAGGAGCGUGAUCAAAGAGAGUGGGUGGAGGCCUUGAAAACCGUUAUCUCGAAACCCAUGAUGCCACAAGAUUACACAACCGAAGCCAAUAUCCGUAGACGAAAGUGAACAUAAGACUGGAUGGGACAGUAGGCUCAGAAGACAGUGCUGGACUCUGUCACAAAUUAUAUUAAACCAAAACCUGAUAUUCCUAGAGAAUGUAGGGUUAAGCGUUUGAGUACCAGAGAUAUUUUAUGCUAUGGGAAGUUUGGAAGAAUGUGACUGCUUUUCUCUUUUUUGGUGCAUUUUGGGAUGUGAAACCAAAAUUGCAGUAGGUCAAGUGAGGACAGAUCCACUGGUUGAGUUUUCUGAGGGUAUGAAAGGAAAUCUUCAACGAGAGAUCCAGACACAAGCUUUGACUGAGGAGUAUUGUCUCUGCCCUGUGAGAGAGAACUGAACUAGACUCAUGUGACUUGUGAGUCCUCAUGCAGAAGCUGAGACAGACAAUACAAGCUUCAAAUAAGGAAUUACGCAUGUAUAGAAAUAGAACUGCAUGGGACAUGAAGAGUGUGACGAAAAGGGUACUUGUAGAACACCUGGGUUUUAUUUAACUGACAUUUCAGCUGCUUUUUUUACCCUGAUUUAUAACCACAUGGGCGACUGAAAACAGAUUUUUUUUAUAUGCUUACUUAAUUUUCUCUAUAUUAAAAUUGCAUGGUGCAUAAAUGUUUCCCAUUUCAAUAAUGUAAAAUAAGUAUUGGUCACAAUUUUUCUCAGAAAACAUUUAGGAAGGUGAAGUUUUCCCCCACACGUCGGUAACAUCAAAUGUAAUCCAUACGUGCAAAGAAAACUAGACAAAUUAUUUUUUGUUUGUCAUGUGUAUUAAAAUGGCACAGGAAUAAAGUAUUAAACACACGAAGAAAGGGAGGUGUAAUAAGUCAUGGAAAGGCCAGACAGCAGCUGAAAUCUUUCAGUAGUUAUUAAUAAUCAGCUCUGCCCCUCAUCAGUGUAUAUCAAUAUUAGCAGCUUCAGUCCAACAUUUAUAUUACCAUUGUGAUGAAGAUGAAACCAGCGUUGAUAUUUCAGCAAGACAAUGAUCCCAAACACAGCCAAUGAGACUCUACAGCUUUCAGAAAAAGAAAAUAAAGCAGCUAGAACGGCCCAGCCAAUCACAGACUGGAAUCUGAUUAAAAAAAUAUCGUUUUAUAGUUCUGUUGUUCUAUAGUUCUAGAUGUUUCAUACGGUUGAUGUAUGGGAAAAAACUACACUUGAGCAAUGUAUGUAACUCAUCUUGAAGCUUUCAUUACCAAAAAAGCAUUUUAUACAAAGUAUUAAAUACAUUUCAGAAA